AUGAAAGCUUUUCAUUUAGCUACUCACACCUUGUCUACUCAUUUGUGGCUCCAUUGGGGUGUCAAACUAGUGUUUGAAAGUCCGGUUCGGUCCGGUUUUUUGAUGCCCAGGGGCGUUAACUGUAACCGUAACCGGUCUGCCUUUCCCCCAGAAGUCAAAAGACCAGACCGGACCGCAAAAAGACCGCAGACUGCGGUUUUUUGCGGUCUAUAG